GCGCGCAGACAAGAGGUUUUCUGAUUGGCUCUAAACUGCAAGUUAUCUGGACAUCUAAGAUAAUGAAACCAUAUUAAAGACGCGACAUGUUUCAUGAUAUUGGUCAUCAAAGCCAUUGUCUAUCUAUCUCAAACGGUUGAAGAAAAUGUUUAACGCGCUCGUUUUGUUCUGUUUAUGUUUUGUUCCUCUGAUUGGUGAGUAGGAGUGUUCGGUGUUGAGACAGAUGUGUCAGCGAUGGAGGGAGGUUCGUUCACUCUCCGGACCGGUCUUACGGAAAUACAGAGAGAGGAUGAGAUCGAGUGGAGGUUUGGAUCGAGCAGAACUCGUAUAAGCAGAAUAGCGUCAGGAAACAUUACUACAUACAAUGACGAGAAAUUUAGAGACAGACUGCAGCUCGAAAGACAUACUGGAGAUCUCACUGUCACAAACAUCACUAAUGAACACAAUGGCGUUUAUCAGCUGAGCAUCAUUAUCAGGAAUAAGAAGUCAACCAAGCUAUUCGCUGUCAAUGUUUAUGCUCCUGUGCCCAUUCCUGUAAUCUUCAGUGAUACUUCACAAUGUGCUUUAUUGGCUGAAAGAUCAUCAAGGAUAUUCCUGUGUUCAGUGUUGAAUGUGAGUCAUGUGACUCUCUCCUGGUACAAAGGAAACAGUUUAUUGUCCAGCAUCAGUGUGCCUGAUCUCAGCAUCAGUCUCUCUCUACCUCUGGAGGUGGAAUAUCAGGAUAAAAACACCUACAGCUGUGUAGUGAACAAUCCUGUCAGCACCCAGACCAAACAUCUGGCCAUUGAUCAACUCUGUCAAAUACUUUCAGACUGCGACCUUUGUUUUGACUCUCCUGAAGCUGUGAUCCGAUUGGUUGUCACUGGUUUGAUAAGUGUGGCUGCUGUGGCUGCUAUUGUUCUUUUGAUUAAUGACAUCAGAAGAUUCGGAGGAACACAGAUAAUAAAACGGUGAUGUACUUGAUAUUGUAUAGCAAUAAUAAAGAGUUUGUUUCUAUCUC